CAGCAGCUAUGGAGAAAGGAAAGUCUCGCAUCAAAAUGAAUAUUAUUAAGGAAAACAAGGACUUAGCCUGUUUUUAUACAACAAAACACUCAUGGAGAGGAAAGUACAAACGUGUCUUCUCGAUUGGUUCACAUGCUGUAACCACAUACAAUCCGAGUACCCUAGAAGUUACCAACCAGUGGCCUUAUGGUGAGAUAUGUAGCAUCGGGCCAGUUGGGAAAGGACAAGGCACUGAAUUCAAUUUAAGUUUUCGUAAAGGAAGUGGAAAGAAGUCUGAAACCCUAAAAUUUUCUACAGAGCAUAGAACAGAGUUGCUGACAGAGGCACUGAGAUUCAGGACAGAAUUUUCAGAGGGUAAAAUCACUGGAAGGCGAUAUAACUGUUACAAGCAUCACUGGAGUGAAACCAGAACUGUGGCCCUUGAAGUUACACCUGGAGGCAUUGAUCAAAUUGAUCCUUCAACUAAUAAAAUCCUCUGCUCCUAUGACUACAAAAAUAUUGAAGGAUUUGCAGAGGUUUCAGAUUAUCAGGGAGGGUUUUGUAUAAUUCAUGGAGGAUUUAGUCGACUGCAUCUUUUUGCAUCUGAACAAAGGGACGAAAUCAUCAAAAGUGCAAUAGACCAUGCAGGCAACUUCAUAGGUAUCUCCCUGCGUAUCAGGAAAGAGCCACUCGUGUUUGAUUUGUAUCAGAAUUAUCGUUUUGGAAAGUACAGCAAUGAUGAAUCAAUUACAUCACUAGCAGAAUUCAUUGUACAAAAAAUUACACCUAGACAUCUGGAUCCAGUAAAGAGAGUAUUAGCACUUACAGAAACCUGUUUAGUGGAGAGAGAUCCAGCCACUUACAAUAUUGUCACGCUUAAACCUUUGGGAGAGAUAUUUGCUCUGGUACGAGAUUCUGAAAACCCUCAGCAAUUUACCGUAGAGUAUAUUAAAGGGCAGAUUCACAAAUACGCAUCCACCGAAAGAGAUUCUCUACUGGCUAGCCUGCUGGAUGGAGUGAGAGCCUCUGGUAACCGAGAUGUAUGUGUGAAGAUGACACCAACUCACAAGGGGCAGAGAUGGGGGUUAAUGAGUAUGCCAGUAGAUGAGGAAGUAGAAAGUUUACAUCUUCGGUUUCUAAAUGCCCCACCAAAUGGCAACUUUGCAGAUGCUGUAUUCAGGUUUAAUGCUAAUGUCUCAUAUAGUGGAGUUCUGCAUGCAGUGACUCAAGAUGGCCUGUUUUCUGAGAACAAAGAAAAACUGAUUAAUAAUGCUGUCAUAGCAUUACUAUCUCAAGAAGGAGAUCAAACAUCUAAUAACACAGAACUAGAGAGCCAGUUUCAGGCUAUAAGACGACUUGUUGCUUCAAAGGCAGGCUUUCAAGCAUUUACACAGCUACCUAAAUUUCGGGAACGAUUGGGUGUGAAGACAGUCAAGGCUUUAAAAAGAAACCAUGAUGGUGUUAAUCAUUCUGCUAUUGACAUGCUCUGUGCCCUUAUGUGUCCUAUGCAUGAUGACUAUGACUUGAGGCAAGAACAGCUGAACAAAGCUUCCCUUCUUUCUUCAAAGAAGUUCUUAGAAAAUUUGCUUGAUAAGUUCAAUAGCCAUGUGGAUCAUGGAACAGGUGCCCUAGUGAUCAGUUCCCUUUUGGACUUCCUUACCUUUGCACUCUGUGCUCCGUAUAGUGAGACAACUGAAGGACAACAGUUUGAUAUGUUGCUGGAAAUGGUGGCAGCUGUUGGAAGAACUCUUUUUAAACUUUUCCAGCACCCUUCGAUGGCUAUUGUGAAAGGAGCUGGCUUAGUUAUGAAGGCAAUAAUAGAGGAAGGUGACAAAGAGAUAGCUGCAAAAAUGCAGGAGCUUGCCUUGAGUGAAGGUGCCCUACCACGUCAUUUACACACCUCAAUGUUUACAAUUAGCACAGAUCAGCGGAUGCUGACGAACAGGCAGUUAAGUAGGCAUUUGGUGGGACUUUGGACUGCAGAAAAUCUUACAGCAUUAAAUUUGCUAAAACGUAUUUUGCCAACAGGUUUGCUGGCAUAUCUCGAUAGCACAGAGCAAGUACCAGAAAAAGACAUUGACAGGAUGCACAUCAGGGACAAUGUAAAAAUUGCAACGGAUCAGUAUGGUAAAUUCGGUAAGGUCCCAGACUGGCAACGACUAGCUGGAAAAGCCGCUAAAGAAGUAGAAAAAUUUGCCAAAGAGAAGGUUGAUUUGCUUCUGUUGCACUGGAGAGACAGGAUGGGUAUUGCUCAAAAGGAGCAGGACAGGAACAGUCUGAAUCCAAACCAAAAACCAGUUGUUUUGAGAAAGAGACGACAAAGGAUUAAAAUUGAAGCUAACUGGGAACUCUUCUACUACAAAUUUCAGAUGGAUCAUGCCAAGUCCAACUUGAUUUGGAAUUACAAGACAAGAGAAGAAUUGAGAGAUGCAUUUGAGGCGGAGAUGAGGGCAUUUAACAUUGACCGAGAACUUGGUAGCGUUAGUGUCAUUUCUUGGAAUCACCAAGAAUUUGAAGUUAAGUACGAGUGCCUUGUGGAUGAAAUCAAAAUUGGGGAUUAUUAUCUACGCCUUUUGUUAGAAGAAGAUGAAAAUGAAGAGACUGGUGCAAUCAAGAGAUCGUAUGAAUUUUUCAAUGAGUUGUAUCAUCGCUUCUUACUUACCCCUAAAGUGAAUAUGAAGUGUUUAUGUUUACAAGCUUUGACAAUUGUUUACGGCAAAUGCUAUGAGGAAAUAGGACCAUUCAGUGAUACAAAAUACAUUAUUGGAAUGUUGGACAGGUGCACAGACCGAUUGGAGCGAGACAGACUCAUUCUUUUCCUACACAAACUGAUUCUUAACAAGAAAAAUGUGAAGGAAAUCAUGGACUCCAAUGGAGUUCGAAUUCUUGUGGAUUUGCUUACACUGGCUCACCUCCAUACCAGCAGAGCUACUGUACCACUGCAGAGCAAUGUUAUCGAAGCAGCACCUGAUAUGAAGAGAGAAAGUGAAAAGGAGUGGUAUUUUGGCAAUGCAGAUAAAGAGAGACUUGGUCCUUAUAGCUUUGAAGAGAUUCAGGAGUUUUGGAAAACGGGUGUGCUGGUACCAAAGACUCGUUGUUGGGCCCAGGGUAUGGAUGGCUGGCGGCCACUACAAGCUAUUCCACAGCUGAAGUGGUGUCUAUUAGCCAGCGGACAGGCUGUACUGAAUGAGACUGACCUUGCUACUCUGAUUCUUAACAUGCUUGUCACCAUGUGUGAAUAUUUCCCCAGCAGAGAUCAGGAUAAUGCCAUUAUUCGACCACUUCCCAAGAUAAAGAGGCUACUUACAGACAAUACCUGUCUCUCUCACAUUGUUCAGCUGUUAAUAACAUUUGAUCCUAUCCUGGUUGAGAAAGUUGCCAAUUUGCUGUACCACAUUAUGCAAGACAACCCACAAUUACCUCGCCUCUACCUUACUGGUGUGUUUUUCUUUAUUAUGAUGUACACGGGUUCAAAUGUGCUGCCUAUUGCCAGGUUUUUGAAAUAUACUCACCUGAAACAGGCAUUCAGAUCUGAAGAGGCAAAAGGACAAGACUUGGUGCAGCGAAGUGUUCUGGGGCACAUUCUUCCUGAAGCAAUGGUCUGUUAUUUAGAAAACUAUGAACCAGAAAAAUUUUCAGAGAUUUUUCUAGGUGAAUUUGAUACUCCAGAAGCAAUUUGGAGCAAUGAAAUGAGGCGUCUAAUGAUUGAGAAGAUUGCUGCCCAUUUAGCAGACUUCACACCUCGCCUACAAAGCAACACAAGAGCAUUGUACCAGUAUUGUCCUAUACCAGUCAUCAGCUAUCCCCAGUUGGAGAACGAACUUUUCUGUAAUAUCUACUAUCUUAAGCAUCUCUGUGAUAUUGUUCGGUUCCCCGACUGGCCUAUUAAAGAUCCUGUAAGAUUGCUCAAAGACACUCUGGACGCUUGGAAAAAAGAAGUAGAAAAGAAACCUCCUUCAAUGUCCUUGGAUGAAGCAUUUGACGUUUUAAAUCUUCCAAAGGGACAAGGAAUAAAUGAUGAAAGCAAGAUAAGAAAAGCCUACUUCAGGCUUGCACAGAAAUACCAUCCGGACAAGAAUCCUGAAGGCAGGGAUAUCUUUGAAAAGGUGAAUAAAGCCUAUGAAUUUCUGUGCUCGAAGUCUAUGAAAAUGGUGGAUGGACCUGAUCCAGAAAAUAUCAUUCUCAUCCUGAAAACUCAAAGUAUUCUUUUCAAUGGGCACAAAAAAGAUUUACAGCCCUAUAAAUAUGCGGGUUACCCAAUGUUGAUCAAGACCAUUACCAUGGAAAUAUCAGAUGAUCAGCUAUUUUCCAAAGUUUCUCUAUUGCCAGCUGCCACUGAAUUGGCUUUCCACACUGUCAAUUGUUCAGCACUGAAUGCUGAGGAGCUACGCAGAGAGAAUGGACUAGAGGUGUUGCAAGAUGGUUUUGCACGUUGUGUGGCAGUGUUAACAAACUCCAGCAAAAAAGAAGAUAUGGCUGUGCAAGUGUGUGGACACAUUUGUAAAUGCUACAGUGUAGCAGCUCAAUUUGAAGAUUGCAGGGAAAAAAUAACUGAAAUGCCGAACGUCAUCAGAGACCUCUGCCGAUUGCUGUUUUAUGGGAAAUGUCUGCCCCGGGUGGCCAUGAUGGCAGUUGAGUGUGUUAGUUCGUUUGCUGUGGAUUACUGGCUGCAGAACCAUUUAUUUAAAGCUGGUGUUCUGUGGCACCUGCUUGUCUACCUCUUCAACUAUGACUAUACACUGGAAGAAAGUGGAAUUCAAAAGUGUGAGGAAACCAACCAGCAGGAAGUUUCUAACAGCCUUGCAAAGCUUUGUGUAAUUGCUUUGAGUCGGUUGGGUGGAUAUCUGAAGGAAGAAAAUGCAACACCUGAAAAUCCUACAAUACGGAAAAGUUUGGGAGCUCUAUUAGCACCUUAUGUCUCCAGAAGGCUUUCUCAAGAUAGUCCUGCAGAGAUUCUCAAGAUGCUCAAUAGUAACACUGAGAAUCCAUAUUUAAUUUGGAAUAAUGGUACCAGGGCUGAGUUGCUAGAGUUCCUUGUAUGUCAACAAGAAGGCAUGGUGAAAAGGGGGGAUUGUGAUAAAAAUUAUGGUGCUGAAUUUACCUUCAGUGAACAUGCUAAAGAGCUUGCAGUUGGUGAGGUUUUCGUCAGAGUCUACAAUGAGCAGCCAACAUUCCCAUUAGAGAUUCCAAAGGCUUUUGCAGCAAGCCUGCUGGACUACAUAGGAUCACAAGCUCAAUAUCUUCACACUCUGAUGGCUAUGACUCAGACUGGGAAAGUGGAAUCUGAUCAGCAUGGAGACAGGUUAAGGCGGGCUGAAAUGGCCUUAGAAGCCUUGCGUAAUGUCAUCAAGAACAACCCAGGUGCUGAGUCAGAAUGCACUGGUCAUUUCAAGUUGAUUUUCUCUCUCUUACGAGUGCAUGGAGCUGGCCAGGUUCAACAACUAGCACUAGAGGUGGUGAAUAUAGUGACUGCCAACCAAGAAUGUGUAACUAACAUUGCUGACUCAAUGGUCCUUGCGAACCUUCUUAUUCUGCUACAUUCAUUGCCAACCAGUCGUCAACUUGUACUUGAAACACUUCAUGCUUUGACAUCAAAUACAAAGAUUAUCAAAGAAGCCAUGGGAAAAGGUGCUCUUAUAUAUCUGCUGGACAUGUUUUGUAACUCGACGAAUCCCCAGGUUCGAGCACAGACUGCAGAAUUGUUUGCCAAAAUGAUUACAGACAAACUUAUUGGGCCAAAGGUAAGAAUUAUAUUGACCAAGUUUCUACCUGGUGUCUUCAUGGAUGCCAUGAGGGACAACCCUGAAGCAUCUGUGCAGAUAUUUGAGGGCACCCAUGAAAAUCCAGAGCUGAUCUGGAAUGAAAACUCCAGGGAGAAAGUGUCUACAACUGUUCAAGAUAUGAUGCUCAACCACUUCAAGCAACAGCGUGAUAAUCCAGAUGUGAAUUGGAAGUUACCUGAGGACUUUGCUGUAGUGUUUGGUGAAGUUGGAGGAGAACUCUCUGUUGGAGGGGUCUUCUUGAGGAUCUUUAUUGUACAACCUGGUUGGGUUCUUCGAAAACCUCGUGAAUUUCUCGUUGCAUUGAUGGAGAAACUUACAGAGCUGCUGGAAGCGAAUAAUCCACAUGGUGAAACCUUAGAAACCGUUACCACAGCAACAGUCUGCCUCUUUUAUUCCCAGCCUCAGCUAGCAGACCAAAUACCUCCAUUAGGCCACCUUCCUAAAAUUAUUCAAGCUCUCAACCAUAAAAACACUGCCAUCCCCAAGUCAUCGAUCCGGGUGAUCCAUUCUCUCGCUGACAAUGAGUUGUGUGUUCGAGCUAUGGCAGCACUAGAAACUAUUGGACCUCUAAUGAAUGGAAUGAAAAUACGCUCGGAUAUGGUCGGCCUCGCCUCUGAAGCACUAAAUCGAAUGUUUCAGAAAGAACAAACUGAAUUAGUGGCACAGGGAUUGAAAGCUGAGUUGGUUCCAUACUUAUUGAGGCUACUGGAAGGAAUUGGUCUAGAGAGCCUUGAAAACCCAGCAGCCACAAAAGCUCAGAUAGUAAAUGCACUUAAAUCAAUGACACGGAGUCUGCAGUUUGGCGAACAGGUGAAUGAAAUCCUGUCUCGUUCUUCUGUCUGGAGUGCCUUCAAAGACCAGAAGCACGAUUUGUUCAUUUCUGAGUCACAAACAGCAGGAUAUCUUACAGGCCCUGGAAUCGCUGGUUAUCUAACUGCAGGGACAAUGACAACGGUAUUACCAAGUGGGCCACCCCCUGUAGACAAUGAAGUGGUUGACUUGGCCAGAUGAAAGAUGAUCUACACUCCAUGCCUUCAAGAUUGAACUGUCAUAUCUAUGGACUAUUCUUGUUUUACUAAGACCCUCUAACUGUUGGGUUGGAAUGGAAUCAAUAUGAAAAUGAGCUGUCCCAUGUCUCCUUUGUGUUGCAUUGUAAGUGUAACAGCUCUGUCUAUAAUUUUUAUUUGUAAAGUGAUCAUUUUACCAGUGAUCCAACAUGUUCAGCAUUUAACAAUGGUAGCACUGUAUGGAUCAAAGCAGAGACAGAGUAUGCAAGGUUUUUUCUUGUAACUGAAGUAUUUUUGUUCCUUUGUAGCUGUAUUAAGACUGUGAAUCUCAAUACUGGAUUUUUUCUUAAUUUUAUAAUUGGUGUUUUACGGUUCUCUGUAAGAUAGCAGAGAAGUGAAAUUGGUAUCUGACGCCCAAAUGUGAAACACUUGACUGCCAUCUUAAGGGCAUGGUAGAAUGAAAUAUUUUCUGAAAAGCAACAUUGGCAUCAACUAAAUGUGUUUCCUAAAUCAGGCCUUGGACCUCUCUAAUUCUGCUAUUUGUUAAUCUUCAAAAUGAGUCAGCUUAUUACAACCAUAAACCAUUUGUAUGUAUAAUUGCCUUCUAUUACUGAUGCAAAAAGAGCUUCUGGAAAAUGUAACAUGGAUGUUCACAUACUAUAAAUACCUAUUGUCAUUGUGACCUGUUCUAUACAAUACCCAUGUGUAAACUUUCUAUAUUUGAAUGUACAUUAGUAAAUCAGUCCUCCUUGUACAUAAAAUUUUAAGAAUAAAGUACAAAGGGAAUUAGCAUCCUUAAUUAUA